CCCACUAACACCGACCGACAGCUUCUUUCUAAUCGUCAUCGCGCCCAGCUCCACGACAUUUUUCUUUUGGACGAACUCACCCAAGCAUCUCAGCAUUUCGGACGGCGCAACAAGAACCUCGCGGGAGGGCUCUGGAUACAAAACACUCGUUAUUUACUAUUUCUGUCAGCAUCAUUGUACACUACAAGCGAAAAAAAGUAACUCAUUGACUUAAUACCGAGCUCCCACAUCCUCCACACCCGCAUCGCGAACCUCGAAACCUCCCACCAAACUCCCCCGAACCCACGACCAAAGAACACCGCAAUGGCAACCGCAAGACCCCUCCUCCGCCUUCCAACCCCGUUACGAACCUCCCUCACCUCUUCCCGAGCCCUCCUCACCACCCCCUCCCGACGACCCUUCUUCAACCUCCCAAACCUCGCACCCUCCACCGCCCCGCAAGUCCUAACCGCAACCCGCACAAUGCCCUACGCCUCCACGCAGCUCUACGACGUGAUAUCUGACGUGGACGCCUACCAGACCUUCGUCCCCUACUGCGCCGCCUCCCGCGUGACAGCCUGGUCCGCACCCGACCCGGACCCAGCAAACGGCGGACGUCGGUACCCAACGCAAGCCGACCUCCGCGUCGGCUGGGGCGGCUUCGAGGAGACGUUCACGAGCAGGUUACACUGCGUUCCGGGGAAGAGCGUCGAGGCGAUCAGCGGUGCGGACGUGGAGGGCGCGAGCCCCGGUAAUGGAGGCGAGGGCGGCGCCGUGUUUAGGAGUUUGGUGACAAAGUGGCAGCUGAGGCCGCUUGCCUCCGGGACGGGCACCGAGGUGGAUCUGGUGAUUCGGUUCCAGUUUGCGAACCCGUUGUACGCGGCCGUCAGCGCUGCGGUUUCUGAAAAGGUGGCUGGUGUCAUGAUUGAGGCGUUCCAGAAACGUGUAAAGGCGGUUUUGGGUACUCCUAGACUAUAAAGGGUCCUUACUCGAACUUCUCAGUAAAAGCUCUGUGGAAGAUUUGUAAAACAUGUAGACUAAUAAAGCCAUGGCAAACAACUUGGAAGUAGAGUCAAUUAGAGGUCA